AUGCUCUUCUCCAAACUCUUUUUUCUGUCCACGGCCUCUGCGUUGCCUCUCUUAGAUUCCAUCAUUAACCCAGUUACUGGCAGCAUCUGGAGUACACUCGACGGCCUUGUCCAAACGACUCUUGGUGGCCUCACCGGCACACUUGGUGUUAAGCAAGCCUAUGACUACGUAGUAGUAGGUGGUGGCACUGCCGGCAGCACCAUUGCCUACCGGCUUGCCGAAGCCGGCUAUACAGUCGCUGUCGUUGAGGCUGGGCUAUCAUACGAACUGGGCAAACCUGUUGUCGGUCCAGCGCCUCUGGGAGACAUCAUUGGCGUUGGGUCCAACCCGAUCGACAGCAUCCCAACUGUGGACUAUGGCCUAAAAACAGUCCCCCAAGUAGGAGCAGGAAACCGCGAGAUUCAUUAUGCACAAGGCAAAUGUCUCGGUGGAUCUUCGGCUUUGAAUUUCAUGAUACAUCACCGACCGAACCGAGGCGCCUUGGACAAAUGGGCGGAAGAAGUUGGCGACGAGAGCUAUGGCUUUGAUCAGUUUCUUCCUUACUUCCAGAAAAGCUUCACGUUCACACCGCCUAACACCAAAACUCGUCUUGCCAACGCGACAACGGCAUACGUGACGAGUGACUUCAGUCCAUCUUCCAGCUCACCUAUUCAGGUGACCUACCCCAACUGGACGCCCGUAUGGUCUACGUGGGCUGCCAAGGGCCUUGAGGCCCUGGGAAUGAACUUGACAAAUGAAUACAACCAGGGUGUGUUGAGCGGGUACCACUACGCACAGACGACUAUGCACCCCCGUGAGCAGGUCCGGUCUACUUCAGCUGACUUUAUAUACGCUGCAAGGGACGCGCACAUGGGUGAUAAACUUACAGUUUACUUGGGUACGCGCGCUAACAAGGUAAUAUUCGACAACAAAAAGCGAGCUACUGGCGUGGAGGUUAAGGGGUUGGGGUCGCUGAAGCACAUCAUCACUGCGAAGAAGGAGGUGAUUCUGUCGGCCGGUGCUGUGCAUACGCCGCAACUGCUUAUGUUAUCCGGCAUAGGCCCAGCAGAGCACCUGGCCGAGCAUGGAAUCGAAGUCAUCGCAAACCGACCCGGAGUUGGGCAGAACAUGAGCGACCACGCCCUAUUCGGCCCAACGUAUGAAGUGACGUUCGAUACUCUAAGCAAGGUCAUUGGGGAUCCUGUCGUUCUUGCCAAAGCCGUAGCUGAAUAUGGUCUCACGCAAACCGGGCCAUUGACCAGCAAUGUUGCCGAGUUCCUCUCGUGGGAGCGGAUGCCCAGCAGUGCCAAUCUAAGCCAGUCAACUUGGGAUCAGCUCCUUGAAUUUCCCGACGAUUGGCCUCACAUUGAAUACUUUCCGGCCGCGGGCCAUAUCGGUCCUUUUAACAUCCCGUGGCUAGACCAGCCAAAAGAUGGGAAAAUGUACGCGUCUAUCAUCGCGGCACUGGCAGCACCUUUGUCUCGAGGAAACGUUUCACUGGCCAGCAACUCUGCCUCAGCCAGCCCGCUGGUGAACCCCAACUGGCUCACUCAUCCGGGAGACGUCGAAGUGGCCAUAGCCAUGUACAAGCGUAUCCGAGAGAUCUUCAACACAGAGGCGGUCCGAAGCAUCCGCGCAAACAAUCGAGAGUACUGGCCUGGCUUGCAGGUACAGACGGAUGAACAGAUACUAGCGAAUAUCCGAACCAGUGUUAUGGCAGUCAUGCAUGCCUCGUGCACCGCUCGAAUGGGACGCCGAGAUGACCCUACGGCUGUGGUAGAUAACUUGGCUAGGGUCAUUGGUGUGCAGAGGUUACGUGUCGUGGAUGCUAGCUCACUCGCGCUUCUUCCCCCAGGGCACCCGCAGGCAUUGAUUUACGCCUUGGCGGAGAAGAUUGCGGAAGCCAUCAUCGAAGGAUUGAAUUGA